AUGGAAGCUUUUGAACUUUGCCCACUCAGGUUCAAUGCCCCCAAAGUCUGCCGGAGGUGUCUCAUCAUUGCCCACGAGUGCGUUAAAGUCUCCCAGCAGAACUAUGGAGUCACCUACUGGGGCUACAUCCAGGGCUACAUCCAGGACUACAUCCAGGGCUACAUCCAGGACUACAUCCAGGGCUACAUCCAGGACUACAUCCAGGACUACAUCCAGGGCUACAUCCAGGACUUCAUCCUGGGCUACAUCCAGGACUUCAUCCAGGACUACAUCCGGGACUACAUCCAGGGCUACAUCCAGGACUACAUCCAGGACUACAUCCGGGGCUACAUCCGGGACUUCAUCCGGGGCUACAUCCGGGGCUACAUCCGGGACUACAUCCGGGGCUACAUCCUGGGCUACAUCCGGGACUACAUCCGGGGCUACAUCCGGGGCUACAUCCGGGACUACAUCCGGGGCUACAUCCUGGGCUACAUCCGGGACUACAUCCUGGGCUACAUCCGGGGCUACAUCCAGGGCUACAUCCUGGGUCCCCAGGAAGGGCAAAUUGUCAGAACUGCUGCUGGGUGCAUGGGCACAUCAACAGUCAGCUGA